ACAAAAAGUUGUCAAAGAACUUUGAGGCUGCCGGCGCCGGCGCCAGCGCAGCGCUGCGUCCGAGCGGGCCAGUGAAAGCGCGCACACGAGUUGGUCGUGUGGGCACUACCGCGGCGCUCUACCGUAGUGAACACUUUCGGUCAAGCGGAGUCUCUUGCGCAUCUUGUGGGAAUGUUUCCGAGGUAUAAAAGAACGUAACACCGUGUCUCGCUGAACCAUUGCUUUGCAUGUACCCGCUAGCUCCAGAUACCCACUAGAUCACUCAGGUAGUGCCCGUGAAUGUGAUAACAAUAGUGUUGUGAUGUGUAGUGUUGUGAUCUGAUCAUUCUGUUUUCUUUUGACAGAAAGUGCGGAGGCAGUGACGUCAUCAUGCGGUUGUUUGCGCUGAUGCUGUUUUGUACGGCGCUGGUCACGAUAUCGGCUGAACCAGACCCGAAGAAAUAUAAAGCAGAAAUUAAAGACAAAGAUAAACAAUUGAACACAACUUUGACUUCAGAUGAAAAGAAAUUCUUAAGAGAGGUAGAAGAUAAAUUCGGUAUUAAGAGUGAUUCUCCAAAGGAAGAAAAGAAGAAAGAAAAAGAGGAGAAGCCAAAAGUACCAACAGGACGUACUCCUUUCCCAGCAGUUAUUGCUAUCGAGAUUGUCAAUGACACAGACACGAAAGGGGGAAAGGGAAAACGAACGAUUGACGCCAACCUCGGCUACGGGUACCAAACCAACAAUGGAUACACGUACUCAUAUUUCGGAAAGGCCUCUCAAGAAAAAGGCAAAUUCAUGGUGUAUCCUUACUCGCAGGAAGACAUUCCCCCCGCGAACACUCACUCUUUCGAACACUACGACCAUUCUGGAAAACCUCUUAAGACAAGCGUCGAAAUCCAACCAUCACAAGCUUUUGAGCUAGUGCCUGUAAAGGAAGAGAAGACUCCUUACCACUAUAAUAAACCAGCGAUUGAGUUUAAGACACCCUCGCAUAAUUCUUACUCGUCAGCUGGUCAAAACAGCAAUUCAUAUUCUCCACACCCGUCUACUUUGUACACGACAUACAAUGGUGAACAAUUCUCAGGUCUAAGCGGACAGUUUCCUACAGUGAUGCCUGAUUAUUUGGUGGAUCCUUCACAGUUAAUUAAAAACCCUGAAUAUCAGAACGUUGGACUGACUCAAGAUCAUUUGCGUACUCACGGUUCUCAUUUAGAGCAGAAGGUCGUGCCAGUUUUGGUAUUGAGAAUACCAAGUUCGUCCCUCACCAAUCCAACAGCUGAGUUAUAUGCCAAUUUACCCAAUAACUAUCCCCUGUCAAACUCCUUGAACAACUUAAACUUACAAGAAUUAGUUAAUCAGUAUUUCAAGAAAAUGGGAUACAGUUUUGCACCUCAGGUAAUGACGUACCACGGGUUAGGACACCAAGCAGAGAGUCACGGUCAUGGUCACGGUAACAGCCACGGUCAGAGAACUCCGUACGAACCUCAGCACUACGCGCAUCCUUACGUACAACCAUCAUACACUCAAUCUCAUCACUCUGGAGUGCAGUACUCCGCUGUUCAACCUGUAAUGGCUAAAUACCCGUCAAGCUAUGUUCGCCAACACUACAGGACAAUGCCUAAAGGCUAUUCUCUGUACAAACAACCGGCUUUGCCGCAGAAAUAUGAGUACCGAUACCAAUAUACAAACCCACACUCAGCCAUAUCGUCACAGAAAUUUUAUAUGCCAUCAACUCAUUAUCAGCAACAAACUGAACAUUUGCCAUCUCUAGAAGUUCAAGACAUCCAACAAUCAUCCCUUGAACAUGGAGCGGGAAGCCACGAUGAUAAUACACAGGUUCAAUACGUAGAACAGUCACACGUUAGCGUUGGUUACGAAACUGCAGUUUCUCCUGCCGCCGAAUAUGGGGCUCCCCAGCAACAGUCAAUUGUUGAGUAUGAAACAAAUUCAGUUGCUCCCGAAUACGGAACACCAAAACCUCAAAGUAUAGAAUCGGUACAAGCUGAAUACCAAACUGCGGGUACCCCUGCACCUGAGUACGGACCAGCCCAAGAAACUGCUGCAUCUCCCGGUCCUCAGGAGUACUACAGUCAGAGCCAUGAGCAACAAGACACCCAGUCAGGUUAUCCUUCUCAAUCCGCUCAGCCAUAUGAGUCACAGGCGGAUGUAAGUGGUCAACAAAACUACGUAUACCAACAGCAAGAGCAGUACUCUAAUGGUCACCAGGACUCUAACGGCCACCAGGAUUCGAACGGUCAUCAAGACUUCGUUAUCUCAGAGAACUACCCGAGCAAGGACCACACGAUAGCAACAGUCUUGCCAACGCAUUACAAGACAGGCAAGCAGCAAAACUCAGGAGCGAUUCAGAGUGUCAGCUACGUGACUCCGACGCCAUACUCUUCGAAAUAUCAGAUGCCAUACAAAGUCAUGGUACCUCAGACCUAUCUCCACCACGCGACAACCGAGAGGGUGGCUUACGUAAACUCACAUCCUAUGCCUGCGUCUUACAGCCAGCACCAAGACUUCAAUCCCGAAGCUGAAUACACCGUAGGAUUACAUUACGUGCCACCAGUAGGAAAACAAAAGCCUCCACCAUACCCUAGAAACUACCACUCACACCCCAAACGCAUGGCGAAACCGGAAAACAGAGAAUCUAGUUCAUCAUCUUUCUCCAAGAACAAAAAUGACAGAAACGAAAAGAAGAGAUUAUCAUAAUUACCUAAAUUAUAAUUA